AUGGAGUCUGCCGUCUCCCCAGCGCCGAAGCGACGGAUCCCCGGUUUACCGAAUCCAGUGGUGGAAGCCGAGCAGCAAAAAUGGCUAUUCACUGACGAAGAACUUGAGCGCACGCCGUCGCGAAUCGACAAUAUCAACCGUGAGAAGGAGGACUACAUUCGGCACCGGGCAAUUGAUUUCAUUUGGCAGGUCAGCCUGAUGCUGAAGAUGCCACCGCAGACCUCUAUGACCGCCUCCGUGUAUAUGCACCGCUUCCUCAUGCGUUAUUCUUUGAUGGGCCAAUAUCCGGAGACAGGGUCAGACUUGAUACACCCCAAAGUGAUCGCCGCAGUGGCCCUAUUCGUCGCGUUUAAGGUGGACGAAACAAUGCGACGCAUGAAGGAUUUUGUGAUUGCCUGCUGCCGCGUCGCCAUGAAGAACCCAAAUCUAGUCGUCGACGAACAAUCCAAGGACUACUGGAGAUGGCGUGACCUGAUCUUGCAGAACGAGAGCGUCAUGCUGGAAUAUCUCUGCUUUGACUUGCAGCUCGAAUCGCCAUACCGCGCUCUUUGGGACUUUACCCUUUUCUUUGGUGUCCAGGAAAACCGCGCUCUUCGUAACGCCUCCUACGCCUUCCUCAACGACUCCACCUACACAGUCAUUUGUCUUCAAUUUUCGCCGCGCGUCCUAGGCGCCGCAGCUCUCUAUGCCGCGGCUCGUCAUUGCCAUGUCGCAUUCCCAGAUGACUCCGAAGGCCGUUCUUGGUGGGAACAAAUCGACGUCGGUCUCGAUGACCUCAUCCGCGCCUGCACGCUGAUUGUCAAGAUUUACGAGCGUGUUCAGCAGAACCUAAGCAAAGGCUACCCAGAAUUCGCCUUGUCAGAAACAACCCCCAAUGACCCAACUCGCAUGUUCGACCGCGACCCAACCAAAUUGGAAACCGAGCAUGCAGAUUCUCCUCUCUCUCUCACCGUAACAGCCCCAGACUCGGCUCCAAAUGGCCGCAAGCGCUCGCGCGAACCAGAAUCCCACCCUUCUCCUUCACAUACCGCCGAACCAACCCAACCAACCCAAAACACCUCUUCUACACUCAAUGGGCACAGGGAACGAUCGCCAAAACGCCAGCGGACGGUCACACCAUCUCUAGAGAGUGGCCCGUCCGCCCUAUCACAGUCACAACAAUCCACUUCUCGUUCGCGCAUUCCUGCUGCGGCAUUAUCGCAAUCACAAUCACACUCUCUCCCAAUCGCACCCCCACACCAGACAGCGGGACACAGAUCAAACAUAGAAGAGAACAACGCCGAAGAAGGCAACGUCUCUGACGAAAAAGAUAAAAACAAUUCCGACGCUUUGCAGAAUGCUCCGCUUGUCACGACAGACUCCAACCCUGAAGGGAAGGGCGGCCCUCCUGAGGAUACUGGAAGCGAAGAAGGCGAAAUCUAA